CCGUCGUAACCCGCGAUGCGGACCGCCGCCGUGCUCGUCGCGCUCCUCUGCUCGAGCGAUGCCCUCGUCGCCCCCGGCCCCGCGCGGCUCGGGGGCGGGCGCCGCGCCCUGGCCACGCGGUCCGCCCGGUCCGCGGCGCCUUCCGUGGAGAUGGCCGCGACGCUGCCGGCGCUCCGGCGCGUCGUCGUGACGGGCAUGGGCAUCUGCUCCUGCCUCGGCAACUCCCUCGACGAGGUCGCCGAUUCGCUCUACCACGCGAAGAGCGGCAUCAAGUUCAUGCCCAAGUACGCGGAGCUCGGCAUGAAGUCGCAGGUCGCCGGGCGGCCGAGCCUCGACCUCGACAAGGGCGAGGAGGUCAAGGUCAUCGACCGCAAGUCCGCGCGCUUCAUGGGCGAGAACGCCAAGUACGCCUACAUCGCCAUGAACGACGCGAUCAUCGACGCGGACCUGCCCAAGGACAAGUACGAGAACAACCCGCGCGCGGGCGGCAUCCUCGGCCAGGGCGGCACGUCCAUCCCCGACGUCGGCGAGACGCUCGACGCCGUCGCCGCGGGCAAGAACAAGAAGAUCGGGCCCUACCGCGUCACGCGGACCAUGGGCAGCACCGUGUCGGCGGUGCUCGCGACGGCGUUCAAGCUCCAGGGCUCGUCCUACUCCGUGUCGUCGGCCUGCUCCACGGGGGCCCACUGCAUCGGCAUCGGCAUGGAGCAGAUCCAGCUCGACAAGCACGACAUCAUGUUCUGCGGCGCGGGCGAGCUCGAGAACUGGGGGUCGACGAUCAUGUUCGACGGCAUGGGCGCGCUGUCGUCGUCCUACAACGACGACCCGGAGCACGCGUCCCGCGCCUUCGACAAGAACCGCGACGGCUUCGUCAUCGCCGCCGGCGGCGGCAUCGUCGUCCUCGAGGAGCUCGAGCACGCGAAGGCGCGCGGCGCGCGCAUCUACGCCGAGGUCGUCGGCUACUCGGCGACGUCCGACGGCUACGACAUGGUCGCGCCCUCCGGCGAGGGCGGCCAGCGCUGCAUGCGCGAGGCCAUCGCCAUGGCCAACAAGAUCGGCGGCGACAAGCCCGUCGACUACGUGAACACGCACGGCACGUCGACGCCCGUCGGCGACGUCAAGGAGCUCGGCGCGAUCCAGGGCCUCUUCGACGAGGAGUUCGACUACUUCCCCAAGGUCGGCUCCACCAAGUCCCUCUCCGGCCACGCCCUCUCCGUCGCCGGCGUCCACGAGGCCAUCUACAGCCUCCUCAUGAUGGACCGCGGCUUCCUCGCCGAGUCCGCGAACAUCUUCGACAUCGUCGACGAGGCCGAGGGCGUGCCCAUCCUCACGGAGCGCUACGAGGGCCCCGUCCACCGCGUCAUGUCCAACUCCUUCGGCUUCGGCGGCACCAACGCCUGCCUCGUCUUCGACAACGGCGAGGCCGCCAUCCCGCCGCCGCCGGAGAUUCGGCGCAACGCGGCCACGGGCAGCGUCGUCGUCAUCGCGCCGGAGCGCCUCGCGCGGCUCACGGGCGACCCCUUCCGCCGCGCGGGCGCGGCGCUCCUCGAUCGCUGGCCGAUCUUCGACGAGGAGGGCGGCGAGCGCUGGAGGGCCGAGCAUCCGGAGACCUUCGCGGCCCUCGUCGCCCUCGCGACGCGCGCGACGGCGCGGGGCCCGGCGGCGUUCUCCGCGGUGCAGGACGCGCUCCUGCUGAGCGGCGACGAGCCGCCCGAGGGCCUGCCGCUCGCCGCCAAGGGCGUCGGGCCCUACGUCGCGCGGCUCGUGGCGUCGCGGCUGCCCGAGGCCCGGCGGAGCCGCCUCGGCGGCGCGGCGCGGAGCUGCCCGUUCUGCGCGAAGUGCCGGCCGGACAUCCCCGCGCCCGGCGAGAUCGUGAACCUCGACGUCUGCCUCCUCUCCGGCGGCGGCGCGGGCCGCGGCCUCGGCGUGCGCGCGGGCGUCGGCGCGGCCGUCGCGAGCGUCGCCGUCGACGAGGACCACCCGGGGGACGAGGACCAGGGCGGCGUCGACGACCUCUGGCUCGAGGCCGUGCUCGAGAGCGCGGACGCGACCGCGGCGACCGCCGCCGCCGCGGAUCUGAGGCGUCGGAGCUGCACGUGGAUCGCGCGGAACAUCGAGCAGCGGUUCCCGACGAUGCGCCAGCUGCCCGGGGCCGGCGCGGGCGCGGCGCACGCGAGCGCCGCCGGCGGGCUCCACCAGUCGUGGGCCGGCGCGGGCGUCCACGAGCUCUUCCUCGAGAGCCCGCGGCACAACGCGUCCUUCGGGUCGUGCAUGAGCCUCGCGGAGGUCUACGGCGUCCUGCUCCUCUGGACGCGGCGCUACCGGGCGAUCCGCGACGCGAACCACCUGCCCUUCGCGAUGAUCUUCAAGAACUCGGGCGAGGAGGCCGGCGCGACGCAGCAGCACCCGCACAGCCAGCUCAUCGGCUUCCCCGUCGUGCCCUCGCACACGAAGACGUGCCUCGCCUGCGCGCGGACGUUCCACGAGGUCAACGGCGCCUGCGUCUACUGCCGGAUGGCGCGGCGGCUGCGCGCGCCGUCGUCGGACCGCGCGUCGGGCCGGGAGCUCGUCGUCUACGGCAACGAAAUCUUCGUCGCCUUCUGCCCCUGGGCGCCGCCCUGCGACUACGCCGUCUACGUCAUGCCCUGGGAGCACCACGCGGACUUCCUCCUCGACGCGGCGCCGACGCACGCGCUCGACGGGACGAACCCGCGGGGCACGGCGAGGCAGACGUCCCUCGCGGCGCUCGCGGACUGCCUCCGCGUCGUCAGCCGCAAGCUCUACGCGUACUGCGGCAACCCGGACUACAACCUCGUCGUGCGCAACCCGCCCUUCGCGGAGCGCUCCGUGCCGUGGUUCCACUGGCACAUCGAGAUCGCGCCGAUCUUCUCCAAGAAGGGCGGCCUCGAGUACGGGACGCACUGCAUGGUGCUGAUGACGCCGCCCGAAGUCGCCGCGCGGAACCUGCGAGAGACGAACGUCGGCGACAUCUGUGCACGGCCAAUGUCCGACGACCGCUGGCUCGCGACGACGCUGUCCGUCGGCGCCGCCGUCGUCGGCGCGGUCGUCACCUUGCGGCGCCAGCUCGCGCAGCGCGCGCCCGUCGCCCAGUCGCUGCAGCACCAGGUGCACGUCGUCACGGGCGCGAACACGGGCCUCGGCUUCGCGACGUCGCGCGAGCUCGCGAAGCGCGGCGCCAGCGUCGUCAUGGUCUGCCGGUCGCGCGACAAGUGCGACGCGGCCGCGGGCCGCCUCCGGCGCGCGCUCGCGGUGCAGCGCGGCGCCGUCGCCGGGUCGGUGACGACGGCGACCUGCGACCUCGCCUCCCUGGACUCCAUCGCCGCAUUCGUCGCCGAGGCGCUGCCGGCGGCCGUGCCCGGCGGCGCCAUCGACGCGCUCGUGAACAACGCGGGGCUCAUGAGCGGCAAGAAAUUCGGCGAGGACGUCGUCGACGGCGUCGACGCGACGGUGCGGACGAACCACUGCGGCCCCGCGGCGCUGACGUUGCGCGUCCUUGCGGCCUUUGACGUGAAGCGCUGCGUCGUGGUGGCGUCGCGCUUGGAGAAGCGCGGACGCGUCGGGGAGGUGCUCGAGGGAGGAACGCCCGACGCGUCCGCCUACGCCGUGUCGAAGCAGAUGAACCUGCUCUUCGCGCGCGAGCUCGCGAAGCGCCGGCCGGAGACGCUCACGGUGUCGUGCACUCCGGGCAUGGUGAACACGGAGCUCGGGCGCUACCACCCGCUCUUCGGCCUCGCGGCGCCGCUCCGCCACGCGCUCCUGCCGACGCCGGCCGCGGGCUGCGGCAGCAUCGUCCACGCGGCGACGGCGCCGGACCUGGCGCCGGGGGGCUACUACGCGAAGGCGACGGCGGGCGGCUUCGAGGCCGUCGCGCCGUCGCCGGACGCGCGGGACGACGCGCUCGCGGCCAGGCUCUGGGACCGGACGGCCGAGUGGAACGCGGCCGGCGGCGGCGGCGCGGCGCUCUUCGCGCGCGUGCCUCUCGACGGCUGCGCGCGCGGCGAGGACCUCUAA